AUGAGCUCCUCCUCCUCCUCCUCCCAAGUGCGAGUCCUCGGCGUCUCCCGUGUCCAACCCGACGAGGCGGCGGUCGUCGGCGGCGCAUGGCCGCCGUCGCGCGCCGUCGAGCUCUCCUUCUUUGACAGCUUCAACGUCUCCAAGGCACCGAUCCAGCGGCUCUUCUUCUACGAGGGAGACAGCAUCCCGCCGUUCCAGGCCAUUGUCCGCUCGCUCAAGUCCUCUCUCGCCGCCGCGCUCGCCGUGUUCCUGCCCCUCGCCGGGACGCUGGCCUACCUCCCCGACUCCGGCGACGUCGUCAUCGACUUCUCUCCAGAUGCCGUCUCCUCCUCCGGCGUCGAGUUCGUCGAGGCGGAGUACUCCGGCGGCGUCGGCGAUAUGCGCCGCCUCGCCAGCGACGAGGAGCACAACGUCGAGGCGUUCAUGCAGCUUGUCCCGGAGCUCGUGGUGGGCAGGCUCCCGUCCCUGAUUCUCGCCGUGCAGGUCACGAGGCCUAGAGACGAACGCGCCACCGCCACCGGCGCGGUGGCCGUCGGUGUGGCCAUUCACCACGCGGUCGCCGACGGCCAGUCGGUGUGGCAGUUCAUCAAGGCGUGGGUCGCGGCGGCGCGGGGAGGCUCGCCGGCAGGGGCGCCGGGCCUCGUGCCGCCGACGUUCGACCGCUCGAUGGUUCGGCACCCGACGGCCGAUGGCCGUGCCAUUGCCCGCGGGAUCUUGCACAAGAUGUCACCCGCGCUUCCAGUGGUGACGCUACACUCGAAGCCGAUCGACAUGGCGCAGCAGAGGAGGAGGACCUUCUUCCUCAGCGCCGGCGAGAUCCAGUCGCUGAAGCAGCGCAUAUCGGAGAGCAAAUCCGGCCGCGAGCAGCUGCACAACCGGCUGUCGACCUACGUGGCCAUCACCUCCCUGGCGUGGACGUCCGUCGUGCGCGCCAAGUCCCUCGACGCCGACGACGACGUCUACUUCAUGGUGAGCGCGGACUGCCGGCGCCGGCUGCGGCCGCCGGCCGACGAGGGCUACUUCGGCAACUGCGUCUCCGUAGCAAUCGCCAGGGCCAGCGCCGGCGACCUGUGCGGCGGCGACGACGUGGCCGGCCUCGCGCACGCCGCCGCGGCUAUCCAGACGGCGAUCAGGGAGGACCUGGAGGACCCGGUGCCCGACGCGCAGCGCCUGGGGUCGCGGCUGGCGGCCAUCCCCAAGGGGAGGAUGACGGUGGCGGGGUCGUCGCACCGGUAUAUGGCGUACGAGGCGGACUUCGGGUGGGGCGCGCCGAGCCGCGUGGAGCUGGUCACCGUGUACGGCGACGAGCUGGUGUCGCUGCUCGGCGCGGCGGGCGGCGGCGUGCAGGUGUCGGCGGUGCUCGGCGGCGCCCACAUGGAUGCGUUCGCGGCCAACUUCCGGCGGCAGCUGCUGGCGCCAGCCUGAUCAUCGAUCUGGAUUUAGAAUUUAUGGUGCACGUACGGAAAUUGAUCUAAAAUCAUACUGUAUCAGUCCGGCCAUUAGGCAUGUCUAAUGCGAGAGCUCAUUGUGGGCUUUUUCUCAAA